AUGACGGUGGGGGGGGGGUCAGUGCCGCAGUGCCUCGUGGGUAAAUCAUCUCGCACGCGAGUCCCACGUGACCUGCCGCGCGCGGGCGAGCAGGCGGCUCUGCGAUUGGCUCUCCGAGCGCGGCGCGCGCAUCCAAGCGGCUCUGCGAUUGGCUUCCGAGCGCGCGCGCGCAUCCAAGCGGCUCUGCGAUUGGCUCUCCGAGCGCGCGGCGCGCGAUCCAAGCGGCUCUGCGAUUGGCUCCCGAGCGCGGGCGCGCAAUCCAAGCGGCUCUGCGAUUGGCUCCCCGAGCGCGGCGCGCGCAACAAGCUGCUCUGCGAUUGGCUCCCGCCAGCGGCGCCGCGUCUCAGCCCCGCGCGGCCUCGACUCGCGAGAUGUCCAAGAGCAACGGCGGACGCGGGGCUCAAGUGGGUGACCGUGUUCGACACGCAACAUGCAGAGGGCGGCAAGACGGCCCCGGCCGGCGCGGCGGGUGGCGACCCCUCCAAGCGGCUGUCGGUGGAGCGGAUCUACCAGAAGAAGACGCAGCUGGAGCACAUCUUGCUGCGGCCCGACACCUACAUUGGCUCCGUAGAGCCCACCACUCAGAACAUGUGGAUUUUCGACGAGGACAUGGGACUCAAUAACCGAGAGAUCACCUUCGUCCCGGGCCUCUACAAGAUCUUCGAUGAGAUUCUCGUGAACGCUGCCGACAACAAGCAGAGGGACAAGAACAUGACGUGCAUCAAGAUCACAAUCGAAUCGGAGACCAACACGGUGAGCGUGUGGAACAAUGGGAAGGGCAUCCCCGUGGUGGAGCACAAGGUGGAGAAGAUGUUCGUCCCAGCGCUGAUCUUCGGCGAGCUUCUCACCUCCAGCAACUACAACGACGAAGAGAAGAAGGUCACAGGUGGGAGGAACGGCUAUGGCGCGAAGCUCUGCAACAUCUUCAGCAAGAAGUUCACGGUGGAGACGGCCUGCAAGGAGUCCAAGAAGCAGUUCAAGCAGACGUGGACCGAGAACAUGGGCAAGUCGAGCGACUCCAAGAUCCGCUAUUUCGACGGCAGCGACUUCACGUGCGUGACCUUCCAGCCCGACCUUGACAAGUUCGGCAUGAGCAGCCUGGACAAGGACAUCGUGGCGCUGAUGACGCGCCGUGCCUACGACAUCGCCGGCUCGUGCAAGGGCGUCAAGGUGUUCCUCAAUGGCAAGAAGCUGCCCGUGACCGGCUUCCGCAGCUACGUGGACCUGUACCUGAAGGACAAGGUGGACGAGACGGGCAACAUGCUCAAGGUGGUGCACGAGGUGGUGGGCGAGCGCUGGGAGGUUUGUCUUACCGCUAGCGACAAGGGCUUCCAGCAAGUCAGCUUCGUCAACAGCAUCGCCACCACCAAGGGCGGCCGCCACGUCGACUACGUGGCCGACCAGGUUGUCGCCAAACUCAUCGAGGUCGUCAAGAAAAAGAACAAGGCCGGGGUGCUUGUGAAGCCCUUCCAGGUUAAGAACCACAUCUGGCUUUUUGUGAACUGCCUGGUGGAGAACCCGACCUUCGACUCCCAGACCAAGGAGAACAUGACGCUGCAGCACAAGCGUUUUGGCUCGACGUGCCAACUCUCGGAGAAGUUCACCAAGGCGGCCACCAACUGCGGCAUAGUGGAGAGCAUCCUGAACUGGGUGAAGUUCAAGGCUCAGACUCAGCUGAACAAGAAGUGCUCCUCGGUGAAGCACUCCAAGCUGCGGGGCAUCCCCAAACUGGAUGACGCCAACGAUGCCGGAGGGCGCAACUCCCAGAGCUGCACGCUCAUCCUGACGGAGGGCGACUCGGCCAAGACUCUGGCCGUGUCGGGGCUGAGUGUGGUUGGGCGCGACCGCUACGGAGUCUUCCCCCUGCGCGGCAAGAUGCUCAACGUCCGCGAAGCGUCGCACAAACAGAUCAUGGAGAACCAGGAGAUCAACAGCAUCAUCAAGAUCAUGGGCCUGCAGUACAAGAAGAGCUACGAGGACGCCGAGUCCCUGCGCUCGCUCCGCUACGGCAAGCUCAUGAUCAUGACCGAUCAGGACCAGGACGGCUCCCACAUCAAGGGGCUCCUCAUCAACUUCAUUCAUCACAACUGGCCCUCGCUGCUCAAGCACCACUUCCUGGAGGAGUUCAUCACGCCGCUGGUCAAGGUGUCCAAAAACAAGCAGGAGCUGCCCUUCUACAGCCUGCCCGAGUUCGAGGAGUGGAAGAAGGGCUCGGAGCUCAACAAGACCUGGAGAGUGAAGUACUACAAAGGUCUGGGCACGAGCACGGCGAAGGAGGCGAAGGAAUAUUUUGCGGAGAUGGAGCGGCACCGCAUCCCCUUCCGCUACAUCGGCACCGAGGACGACAACGCCAUCACUCUGGCGUUCAGCAAGAAGAAAGUCGACGACCGUAAAGAGUGGCUCACCAACUGGAUGGAGGAUCGCAGGCAGAGGCGGUUGCACGGGCUGCCCGAGCAAUUCCUGUACGGCAAGGAGACCAAGUACCUGACCUACAACGACUUCAUCAACAAGGAGCUCAUCCUCUUCUCCAACUCCGACAACGAGCGCUCCAUCCCUUCGCUGGUUGACGGGUUGAAGCCCGGGCAGAGGAAGGUCCUCUUCACCUGCUUCAAGCGCAACGACAAGCGCGAGGUGAAGGUGGCGCAGCUCGCCGGCUCUGUGGCCGAGAUGUCGGCUUACCACCACGGAGAGCAAUCGCUGAUGAUGACCAUCAUCAACCUGGCGCAAAACUUCGUGGGCAGCAACAACGUGAACCUGCUGCAGCCCAUCGGGCAGUUCGGCACUCGUCUCCACGGUGGCAAGGACGCCGCCAGCCCCCGUUACAUCUUCACCAUGCUCAGCCCGCUGGCACGCAUGCUGUACCCGGCCGUGGACGACAACCUGCUGCGCUUCCUGUGGGAUGACAACCAGCGCGUGGAGCCCGAGUGGUAUUGCCCCAUCAUCCCGCUGGUGCUGGUGAACGGCGCCGACGGCAUCGGCACGGGCUGGGCCUCGAGGAUCCUCAACUACGACACGCGGGAGAUCGUCAACAACAUCCGGCGCAUGCUCGACGGGGAGGAACCCCUGCUCAUGGGUCCCAGGUACAAGAACUUCAAGGGCACCAUCGAUGAACUGGGGCCCAACCAGUUCCUGAUGAGCGGGGAGGUGGCCGUGCUGGACUCCACCACGGUGGAGAUCACGGAGCUUCCUGUGCGCACUUGGACACAGGCAUACAAGGAGACGGUGCUGGAGCCCAUGCUGACGGGCACAGACAAGACGCCGCCGCUGAUCUCCGACUACAAGGAGUACCACACAGACACCACCGUCAAGUUCACGAUCAGGAUGAGCGAGGAGAAGCUCGCGCAGGCCGAAGCCACCGGGCUCCACAAGGUCUUCAAGCUGCAGAGCUCAGCCACCUGCAACUCCAUGGUUCUCUUCGACCACAUGGGCUGCCUGCGGAAGUACGAGUCCGUGGCCGACAUCCUGCGCGAGUUCUAUGAGCUGCGCAUCAAGUACUACAGCCUGCGCAAGGAGUGGCUGGAGGGCAUGCUCCACGCCGAGUCCUCCAAGCUCAACAACCAGGCGCGCUUCAUCCUCGAGAAGAUCGAGGGCAAGAUCACCAUCGAAAACAAACCAAAGAAAGAUCUCAUCCAGAUGUUGCUGAAGCGCGGCUACGACUCGGACCCCAUCAAGAACUGGAAAGACGCCCAGGAGAAGGCUGUGGACGGCGGCGGCGGUGGGGGUGGUGCUGAGAGCGACAGCGACGCCUCUGACGCGGCUGGAGGCACUGGCCCCAACUUCAAUUACAUCCUCAACAUGCCGCUGUGGAGCCUGUCGCGUGAGCGCAAGGACGAGCUCGUGAAGCAGCGUGACAUCAAGGCCAAGGAGCUGUUGGAGCUGAAGAGGAAGAGUCCCUCGGAGCUGUGGAAGGAGGACCUGGCCACCUUCGUGGAGGAGCUGGACCGAGUGGAGGCCCAGGAGCGCGAGGACGAGGUGAGCGGCAUGUCCACCAAGGCCGUCAAGGGCAAGGUGGGCAAGCCCAAGAUGAAGCGCCUGCAGCUGGAGGAGACGCAGCCGUCCCCGCACGGCCGCCGCGUCGUGCCGCAGGUCACGCUCGCCAUGAAGGCCGAGGCCAGCAAGAAGUUGGGCCGCAAGAAGGUCAAGACGGAGGGCGUCGAUGGAACGCCGGUCAAGAUGGAACCUGGCGAGGACGGUGGCGGCGUCGGCGGCGAAGACUCCGAGUCCCGGCCGCUGGUCCGGCGCACUGCCAAGCGGGCUCCCAAAGCGGACAAGUCCGAGCCCGGCAGUAAGGCGGCGCGCAAGGGAGCGUCGUCCAAGAAGCCCAAGAGGAACCCGUGGUCGGACUCGGACGGGAGCGAUGACCUGGAAGACAAAUCCGUGAGCGAUGCGGACGACACGAGCAUCGGCCUCGUGCCGCGGGAGAACGUCCCACGCCGGGCUGCCGCGAUGACGCCCAAGAAGUUCACGUUUGAUUUCUCGGACGGGGAUGACGAGGACGAGGACGAGGUGGUGAGCAGCCCCCCGCGGAGGGUGCGCUCAAAGUCCCCCCCAAGCCCCGUGGCCAAGAAGAAGACCUCCUCCUUCGACUUCUCUGACAAGGAGGACGAGGACGACGUCACUCUGCCUCCACCUCCUCCGCCGACCAAGGCCAAAGAGGCCGUCGAUCGGCGGGCGCCGGAGCCUCGCAAGGGCUGGAAGUCGACGGAGUUCGACUGGGACGAGGUGAUGGGCACCCCCUCUCACCCGCCGCAGGCGCCCGCCGCUUCCGCCACGACCAGCAGCCCCGCCAAGCCCGCGUUGAGCAGCGACGACGAGAAACCUGCAAGCACGGCCACCCCCCUCAUCUCGUCGCUCGCCUCCACCAAGCCGCCCGCCGCUGCCGCCGCCACCUCCCUCGCCAAGAAGCCGGCCGCGUCGAAAAAACAGUCCCAGGCCGCCAAGGAUGGAGACAAAGCCAAGAAGAAGCCCAGCGCCAAGUCCAAGAAGCCGCUGAGCUUGGACUCGGACAACGACAGCGACGAGGUCGCCUCCUCGCGCAAGCCGGCGCCGGCCGCCAAGGGCAAGGGUGGCGGCAGCAGGAAGAGGAAGGUGGCUGCCUCCGACUCAGAGAAGUCUGACGGGGAGUACAGCCCGCAGAAGAAGGUGACGCCCAAGGCCGCCACCGCUCUCCCCGCGGCGACUGGCAAGGCCGGGAGAGGGGCCGCCGGAGGCAGCAAGAAGGGCAAGAAGGCGGCCGUGUCGGACGACGAGGGCUCGGCAGGCGUGGACAGCGACGACGGGGUGGGGGCCGGGGCCAAGGGAGCGGGAGCCGCAGCCAAGGGGGGCGGCUCAUCGAGGGGCGCCCAGCAGAGGGAGCGCCCGGGGCGCGCGCGCAAGCAGGUGAAGUACUGCGAGGCCUCGGACGACGACGACAACGACGAUGACUUCUUGGGCUGAGACGUGGGACCCCCCUCCCGCGUCCAUCACCCUCCCCCCACCGCCCACCUCGCCCCCCCUCCCAGCCGCCCAGCCAAGUGUUCGUCCGGGAGAGAUUGGUGGGUGCCAGUCCACUCGUUGAUGUCCUUUUUGCAAAAAAAUAUUAUUAUAAAUCCGGGUGAUGGAGGGAGAAGAUGUGUGUGUGUGCGCGUGCCAGCGUGAUGUUGCGCCGCGCCAACGGGGUCGGGGUUGGGUUUCAGGACGAGGUGUGAGCGUGAGUGAUUGCGUGUGUGUGUGGGUUCAGCCAGCAGUAUUAGUGAUUGGAUUAGUGUUAGGGUGUAGAGAUUGGAUGCGUGUUACGGUUUAGAGAUGGAUUAAUGUUCGGGAUAGAGUUUGGUUGAGGGUUAGGCGAGUGGUUUUGGGAAGCGUGAUACGUGUUGGGGUUGGAGUUUGUUGUCAUGGUUCGUGCUCCAGUAAGAGUCAGGGUUAUAGUUAAUGUUAGGGAUAUAGUACGGUGGGGGUGAAUGUUCGGGUUAGCGUUAGCGGCUCCAGUUACGUUUGGAGAUUGGGAUAGAAUUGGGAUGAGGGUUUGAGAGUUCUAAUUAUAAUCGUGUUUAAAUUAGUGUUGGGGUUAUAGUCGCGGGUGGUGUUUGUGUUCACAUUCACGUCGGAGCCUGGGGUGUACGUCAUACACCAGCGAGCUGCUGGGUGGAGAUGGGGAAAGAGGAAGGCAGAGAGAUUAAGCGAGAGCCCACGGCCGGUCCGCCGAACUGCAGGGUGCAGGUUGAACUCCCGUGCCGUGUGUCCGACAGCGCACCGCUAGCCGUGGCCAGCGUUGACUUGUGCAGAGCCGUCCUCGUGUGGCAGCCGCCGCCCUCACACGCACCCUGGGUUCGAAGCCAGGUUCACGUUUGUUUUUAUUUUGUUUAACCAGUCGAGCACUCGAGAGAACGAGGUGCAGUCUCAUUAGCAAGAGUGACCCGGGACAUUAAGUCUGCCAGGACGGGCGACGGUCGCUUGUGUAGUAUCGGCCCCAGUUGCGUAAUUUACGGCAUAAGAUUUUUAGUUUUUUUAAAUGUGGACUUUUGACUCCUGCGCACUGCAAAGCAGACGGCGCGUGGUGUUAAUACUGCGUCUAAAUGUGCAGCACCACCACAACCGCAGUAAUAACCAGGGCGGGCCGCUUGAUUCCAACCGUGAAGCUCUGCAACAAGCGAACGCGCCACCGCCAGGCCGCUGAGUCACGAUUGACGGCGCCAAAAAUUAAGUCCACCCCCCCCCCCAUCAUCGGAAAAUUAUGAUUCGUCACUUAAUUCGGCUUUGGCCCGGCUCAGGAAAGUGUAAAACAUCGCCCGCUUUCCAUGCGACGAACUCGCAGCGCAGAGCAUACAAAUCAACGGUUUUGCCGCCUCCUGGAGGGACCUCACCGAAGUCGUAGAGUUUUGCGGCCAGCUCUCCGACAAGUGGCCGCAUGGCAGCACUCUGCGAGGGUUCCCCAACGGGAGCCCGCUUCGCCUGGCAUGUGACAACGAUAUUGCACACGUGCACUAUCGUUGGGAGAAGCUUGCAAAAACAAUUACUUUUGUGUGAAAACCCUCUUCGCUUAUCCCGUGGCUGCCCACGACUCUCCUUCUACUCCUCUUUUUUUCCCCUGGCUCUCCGUUCGCCCGCCCGCCUGCCUGUGUAUGUGCGCACGGCUGCUCGGUUUCGCACACGUGGGGAGCUCGUCCGCGUUCCGAGCACCUCGGCUGUCCGACUCGUGGCACCGCGGAGUGGAGGUGAGAGCCCUCGUACACUUCGCCAUCACCGCCCAUCCACUUCCGUCAAACAAACGUCUGUCUGAUAAUCUGCGCUCAAAUGAGGAUUGAGGCAUUGGCGUUCAUCUCCCGUUUACAGCCCCCCCCCCCCCCCGAGCCAUUGAUGGAAGUUCCACGUUCUUAUGGCGACGGCGGCGACGAGUCUGAUCCGCAGGACAAACCGCCAUUGACUUGCCCACGAAGCGGCACUCUCGUCUGCCGCUGUGCAAGCGAUGGCGAGCGGUGUGCCCACAUUCCGAGCGUGUUUCGUUGAGAGCUUCGCGCACCACCUCCGAUUGCAUCGCUCGGCUUAAUUCUGUGGGACGUGUGACGAUUUAUCGCCGUUCACUUUCAUCGGCAUCCAAAGUUUCCGUAAUCCUGCAUGGGGUUUUCUCCCCUGGGGUUCUCCGAUUUCCUCCCAUAGCUGAUAGCCAACAUGCAGAGUGUAACUAAUUGGUGAUUGGCCAAACACACCCCAGUCUCACAGGAGUCUCCUGAAAACAAAAACGGUCUGCGGACUCUUCAGGCGGUUGUGUGGCUUUUCCCCGAGUGAAUCGAUUCAACCUCUUCUGUUGCUGUCAAGUGAUCGCGAUCUCUGUUGCUUCUCUCAUUUGCACCGAAAGUGGCCACCUUUUUGUACAAGCAACUAAUGAAAUAUAUGGAUAUAUUUAACAACUUAAUUGUUAACUCUUUGUCAAGGCUACGUUCGGAGCCGGGGUGGGGAGUGUGGGGCAGUGCAGUAAAAUCCGCCGUUGUACUCUACUCCGCUCCCAACACCUACGCUCCUCCCCUGCACCUAUGCGUUGCAAUGGGCCAGCGGGGUGAAGUAUGCCAGAUAGCCCCCCCCCCCCCCCCAGCACACACGGUGUGGGGAAGCUCUCCUCAUCCAGCAAUGGAUUGCAAAUGUGGGGCCACGCAUAUUGUUUCUGCUAUCACUUGGGGCUUCAUACCAGCUACCUCCAGCGCGCGUACACGCGUAGUCAUGUCGAUUACGUUGGAAGCAUCCCCUGCGGGGCAGCGCUGCGAAGGUGAAUGAAAUAGAUAUUGUGAAUUAAUAUUUAUCCAAAUUGAAUGAGUUGAUCUUUAAAUGAAUUCAUAGCUAGGUGGAAGUGAAUCGCCAUACCGCGUCUGCGAAAUGAGGUGAAGUCCCCCAACCAUCAAACGCCACCAUCGGUGUGACGCUCCUUUUCCCCUCCUGCCGUACGAAAGAAGAAGUUGCAAAAAUUACUUUGGUCAUUCAUGAAUGAAGAGUAACAUGUCAAAUUGAAUCAAAUUGAAAGUAAGCGAUCAAUCGAAUCUCAAUGAAAAUGAAUGAACCGGAUAUCUCCGAUCAAACAGAUCUUGGUUAAAGUGAAUGGGUUGAAUCGAUCUCUAAAUGAAAAGCUGUACUGUAUAUGAAAUCAAAUUAAUAGAAAAAAAUUAAGAUCAGUCGGAUCUCGAUGAAAACGAAUGAACCGUAUAUCUCCGAUUGAACAGAUCUCGGUGAAAGUGAAUGGAUCGAAUCUGCAUGAUGCUAAUUCCUUAGACGUCCUUGGAUGUGAGAGCCGGUGAUUGUGAAUUGCCCGUCGGCGGAGUUCUCUCUCACACGCCCGUUGGCCGUGCCGUAGCCAACGUCUCGCAUGUCUCUGUGGAUUUUUGUCUCUCCUCUCGCGCAGCCCUGAGAUUUUUUUUUUUUACGAGCGAUGAUGUUGGCGCCAUGAGGCAGUGCCAGGAAUGGGUGGUGGUGGUGGUGGUGGUGACGACAUCAGCAUGUGUGGCGACAUCAGCAUGUGUGGCGUGGCGACAUCACCAUGUGUGAGGACAUCUACAUGUGCGCGUACGGGGGUUUUGUCUUUUGAAGGUUCCCGUUUUACGUUUGUUUGAUUUUUUAUAUUUUUGUUUCAUACUCCCCGAACGUUUGCGUGUGCGUUGCCGUGGUUGGUUGUGCGUCUCGUACGAGGAUGUCGCUGUGUGCCGCUGUGUCCCGCUCGGUGGCGCGGUGUGCCGCUCUGUGACGCUGUGUGCGGUGCAUAAUAUACACACACACACAAAUGAAAUUGGUGGGGAUUGUUCAGGAGUAGUUUGUGCCGAGUCGCGCCGCGCGUCGUUACGCACGGCCGAUGUCCGACGUUUUGCUCCCAUUGCUUUGGAAGCUUCUCGAGAGAAAUGCAAUUGUUCCGUUUUCGCUCCCACGCGUCCCGGAUCUUGCUCUCUGUUCCCGACAGCCUUGUGCCGAACUGCAGGCAGUCCCCGUGUUACGGAAGACUUCGGGAAAUCCGAUGCUCCCAUAAAUCAUGUUUUCUAUGCUUCGUGGUAUUCAUAAACAAUUGGACACAGUGCAGUAUAUGUUCCAUGAGUGUCAUUGUGGGUAGUUUUAGGGUAAGAUAUUCGAUUAAAUUCAAGAAUCAUAGGGAGUGCGAUCUUUACCGUAUCGCUGAACGUACGUUCAGCGAUACGGUAAAGAUCGCGAUAGAAAACGGAUGACAGCGCGAUGCAGCACUGAGAGAAAACGGCAGGGGGGAGACUAUUUCCGGCUAUGGGAUUCUAUCGUUGAUUUUGGGGGGGGAAGUAUUCGCUUUCCGACGUACGGAAAACUCGGGUUACGGAUAUCUCCCGUGAACCUCUAACCCUUCCGUAACCCGGCGACCGCCUGUACUCGCGUAACGACCCCAAGACGCAUCAGUCGAUCGGAGUAGAUGGAGUUGCCAUCCCUUUCCUUCCUCGUUCACCUCGCUCCCUUUUAAAUCGGUUUCAAGCUGACAUUCCAUCACCGAGUGGAGGCUAUCGGCUUCCCUCGGAGUCCUCCAGUCUUAAUAAUAGGGGUUUUCCCCUUUUUUCUGGCAACAAAACUGAAACCCUUUUUUACGCCUUUUUGCGUCCUCUGGUCGAGCACCAAUUGGGUCGAGGCUCAAAAGAAAGCCAUCCCUUGGUGUGGACCAAUCAGUUUCAAGGACAAUGCAUAUAUUAUCAGAGUGUGUUUUUUGUUUGCAUUUGACUGCAAGCAUUGUGGUUAAUGCAGACAUGAAUCCUUGUAAAAAAGGGUUUCAGUUUGGGUUGCCAGAAAAAAAGGGGAAAACCCCUCUUAUUAUAUUUUGGUAUAUUUUGGUACUGGCAAAGGAGGUCUAAUGAUGUAGAUCCUCCAGUCUUGUCAAGCCAUCAUGUGCAUCGUCGGCCACGGUUGGUCCACUGCCUUCACACUAUCCUGCGAUCCAACAAUCCGCCGAGAAACCUUCACGCGCGCCGAUUUCAUCGCUCCAUCUCUAAUGAAGGGCGUGCUCUUGUUGCGCUUUGCAUUCCUUGGCCCGCCCGCUCCCCCCUCUUGUGCGAUUCUCGACCACCAUCGGCCAUCGUUCCUUCUGACGUGUCCUGUGCAACCCCCCACCACCACCACCAACUGCUGUUCCUAACAGUUUUAAUCAGGUAAGUAACCUGUAACUAAUCCGCGUGCUUUCUCCUUCCCUCAACGUAAAUCCAAGCUUGCGUCUCCCCCUCCCACCCCCCUGUCCCCCACCCCCCCUUCUCCCACCUCCGCCUCCCACACCCACCCUCCCACCACACCACUUUGCGUGCGGAUCUCUGCUCCUGCGCGCAAACCCAUCUUGCUCCCCUGCCUGGUGGCGUGGGUGGCGUGGGCGUUCCCCGUAAAUAACUCUGUAAGUAAAAGAAAUAGCUACUACAAGUCCCUAAUAACUAUAACGACGACGCAUCACUUUAUUUAAUGAAAAGGACCCGAACUCAUCCCACAACACCCCCCGACACCCCCCCCCCCCCGUGUCUCUCUCUCUACCCUCCUGUCCUACACGACCAGCUGGUAGCGUGAAAACGGCUCGCGCCGCCGUCUCGGCAUCCGUUAAGAGGAUUUCCCAAACUCUGCAAAACGUCGGGAGCGUCGGAACUUUUUAACCUAGUUAGGUAAGCCACCACGCGCGCCUGGUUGUGUUUAUAAUAACAAAUGUAUCGCUUUUUUUUAAGUCACCGCGUGCAACAUGGGUCAAUGUUUGUAUCAUGAUUACUAUGGAGUACUGUGUCGUUUUACUUUUUAAUUUGUUUUGCAUCCAUGAAGUUUUUAGAUGAACUGUCGUCGGUUAAGCACAUGUUAAACGAAACUCACGUUGCGUUUUUAUCCCGUUUUACCGCGUCGGGUCGGGGGGGGGCGGGGGGAACGGUGUCCGUGUGCGUUUUGAAUAGUAAAUUCCGGAUGAUGGCU